CCCGUCAGGCAGGGUUAUGGCAUUAACCGAAGUGCGUGUGGCCCUCUCUCUCUCCUCCCUCCCGUCUACCCGCUGUUCUCGAACGUCUUGACUUGUGGUGAAGGUCCUUGUUUAUAGAUGGCCCCUUCUCCCAGUAUCCCGCCGAUCCGUCGAGACAUCGCGCAUAGAAAACGGAAGAAAAAAAAGAAAAAAAAGGACGAGCGGGGCAUCGAAUCUCCCAUCACGGGCAUCAUGGCGGCCUGGACGUACAACACGUCAGCAGACACGCCGACCAGCGGGCCGCAGAUUGCCGCGCUCUGCGUCAUCUUCACCUCCAUUGCGCUGUUGCUCGUCUGCCUCAGAUUGUAUGUCCGGACGACGCUGGUCAAGGCCGUUGGAUAUGAUGACUGGAUGAUUGUCAUUUCCUGGCUGGGAGCCUGUGGUUAUGCGAUAUGCACCGUGAUCCAGACGAAAUGGGGUCUUGGAAUCACCAGCCUGAAAAACAUGCCCGACCAGAAUGUCUUGUCCUUUGGCAAGUUGCAAUUCAUAGGCGCACCAUUCUACGUCGUCGGCCUCUGGGGCUUCAAAAUGAGCCUGCUGUGCUCCUACCUGCGCUUCUUCCCAGAAGGCCGCUACAAGAUCGGCACCAUCAUCGUCGCGGUGACGUGCACGAUGGCACACAUUGCAUUCCUCCUCGUCUUCGUGUUCCUGUGCACACCGUUUGAGAAGCAGUACGACCCGUCGAUCCCCGCCGACGUGGGACACUGCGCAGAUGGCGUGGCCUUCUACUUGACGUUCUCGUCCUUGACCAUCGUCUUUGACGUCUUGAUCAUGUUCCUGCCGUUCCCCGUCAUCAUCAAGUCCCAGAUCCAGCGGCGCAAGAAGGCGGUGCUCCUCGGCCUCUUCAUCCUCGGCGUCUUCGUCACCGUCAUCCAGGCGAUCCGGAUCCAGACCAUCACGAGCCUCUCCAACUACCUGGACUCGGCGCGGUCCAUCCAGUGGUCCGUCAUAGAGACGUGCGUGGGCAUCGUCAUCGCGUGCGUGCCGCCGCUGGCGCCCAUGGUCAAGUACUUCGCCGCCAAGAGCCGCAGCGCGAGCGGCGGCAGCAGCGGCGUCUUUCGGCCGCCCAAGACGCCGUCGUCGCGGUACGUGCUGCAGACCUGGGGCACCAGGCGCAGCAGCAUGCACCCGCUGGGUGCCGGCGUCGAUCGGGACUCGUCCACCGCCGCGAGCUCGGCGACGAAGGCCGACGACAGCACCGAGAACAUACUGGGCCAGGGGGCCAUCACGAAGAAGACGCACCUGCUACUCACAACGCACGACGCCGAAGACACUUGGUCCGAUACCAAUAACAGCAGAUAGAGUGUUUGAGAGGGGGGAAGGGAGCGGAACUGCGGAAGGGGAAAAAAAAAAGGGUA